AUGUUUUGGCGAAAACGAGCACCAACGGACGAUGCCAGCUCUGGAGCUGGUGAAUCUUCUGGAUUGAACAAGGGAACGGUUCAGAACACUUCAGAUGGCUUGUCGGAUCUUCAAAUAGCUCUGGCCGAGGCCUACGACUCGAAAUCGGCCAGUUCAAAGACAGAGGUGCUCGAUCAAAAAACCCUCUCUUUGCGAGAAAAGGCCAGCAAAAGAGCAGAGUCGAUCACGCUUGAUCGGUUCCCAGUAAGUUGGAUCACAAACCAUGGUUACUAA